AUGGCUAAGCGUGACGGUGGAAGAAAAAUGGGCUCCAGCACUAAAUUAGAUUUUUCAGGGUGGAUACUCGUGAUCAUGCUCGGCAUCGCAGUGGCAGUUAUGUUCGCAUUUAUACUAGAAAUUCGAGUUCCAGCUGAAGAAAUCAAGAGGCGAAGAGAAGCCUACGGUUACGGUGAGAAGCAAGAUCCCGGACCGCUCUCCGCGCCCCCCGCCGUUGGCUGCUUUCCUGGAGUCAAUGAUCCGGCACUAAAAAGUCUUCCGCGUUUGUACAUUGAUGUCGCUCCGGACCCUGAUGCGCAGAACAUCUACAUGAUGGAUUUAAGCCUCACGUCGAAUCUCACGAGUAAAACAUUGUGCUCAGUUGAAAGCAUGUGCACCGUGAACGGCGACGCUCACGUCUGGUUGCUGGUGACGCGCGAGAAAUUGCACGCUUCGACCGCCGCAAGUUUGCGGAAUUUGCAGGAAAUUUGCCCGCGUCUUUGCGUGGCGCACAUGAACGUGCGCGUGGUCACGCGCAACACUCCUGCGCAUACGCUACUCGAGUCUGACUCUUUCUGGAAUACAUGUAAGUGGUUGGUCUUGUGA